AUCCACCCAUUCGUCUUUCAAUUCUCCAAAGACUUCAAAUAUAUUCGAUCGUCUUUUUGUCGAUUUCAACUCAAUUUCUCUUCAAUAUUACACCAGCGAUCAUCCAUGGCUGCCCAUUUCACUCCUAACAACAAAUCACUCGCCGAUUUCACAGUCAAGGAUGCCAAAGGAAACGAUGUUGACCUUAGCGUUUACAAAGGAAAAGUUGUACUUAUUGUGAAUGUUGCCUCCAAAUGUGGGCUUACAAAUGACAACUAUGCUGAAUUGAAUCAGAUCUAUUUGAAGUACAAGGACCAAGGUUUUGAGAUCUUGGCAUUUCCAUGCAAUCAAUUUGGGGCUCAAGAGCCAGGAAGCAAUGAAGAGAUUGUAGACUUUGUUUGCACCAGAUUCAAAUCAGAAUUUCCCAUCUUUGAUAAGAUUGAUGUGAAUGGUGAGAAUGCAGCACCGCUGUAUGAGUUCUUGAAGUCGGGUUUCUAUGGAAUCCUUGGGGGAGACGUUCAAUGGAAUUUCGUCAAGUUCUUGGUCGAUAAAAAUGGUCAGCCCGUUGAUCGUUAUUAUCCCACGACUUCACCUCUCACGAUCGAGAGGGACAUUCAGAAGCUCUUGGGUCUCCUAUAGAUUUCAAGAUUUCCACAUGCCAAAUCUUUUGUUUAAUAAUGGCAUUCACAUUCGUUGUAAUCCCAAGUCAGCUAAACUCGAACCAUUGUCAUUUGUUGUAGUCCUACGUCAGCUAAACUCAAACCAUUGUCGUCAUCUCUUGUAGUUCCACGUCAGCUAAACUUGAACCAUCGUGAUCUGUUGUAAUCCCACAUCAGCUAAACUCGAAUCACU